AAAUGCAAAGUUACAAGCAAACACAAAAGCACUGAAAUAUAAUUUUUCCUACCAUCUCAUAUUGUUUGCGUCACCGGUUGCAUGUUUGCAUACAAAAAUUUUCUCGGUGGAAUGGAAAAGUUUUGUCCCAUUAGACACUUCGUACAUUCCAUUAGAAAUAUAGAAAUCCGUAUGAUAUAUAUAAAAUUAUAAAAGCAGUUAAAAAUAUCUAUGGCUACAUUCAGCUCUUUAUUUUCAUCUUGUUAGAUUGCAUCAUGUUCAUUUUCUUUCUAUUGUGUAAAUAUUCAAGUCAUCAUUAAUAAAGUUGAUUUUGACCAGAACAUAUUUUUGGAAGUCUAGAACACCCUUUUAUAUAAUUAUGUCCUUAAAGGCAUAGCAAGUUAAAGUACACAGUUCAAAAGGUAAUACAUAACUUAAUAGGUAAUUUAUGUUAAUAAUUUACUGUAUGUUUUCUCUGUCGUUCUUAGGUGUAAAUUGUAAGCAAUCACAGGUGCCUCAUGUUGACCCGUGAACAAAAUGGGCACAGCCAUGCGAUGCACUGCUGUCCUGUGAAAUGCUUCAGAGGCCACACAGGACCCGUCAGAACAGCAGGCUCAAUGGCAUGGAACUCCACGGUGAAACAAAGACUGCAGCUCCAAGUCACAAACCAGAGAGGGGUCACACCUCUUAAAACAUUUCCAAUACAUCAACAUGGAUCAUCUUCUCCAAACACUGGUGCCUAUAGCAACAGCAUGCUUCAGGGGAGGUCCCUUAGAGAUUCAAGAAUCCUCUCUGAAAAAAACACCAGGAGAUCAUUCACAGCCAAAAAAGCUCUGCUCAUAGCAUGUGGAGUGCGAUGUGUCCUGUCACCACGACCCUCCAACUGCUCCACAUCACCACCCCAUAAAGAUGAGAAAGACAGAUCUCAUUCCAUCUCUGCAAGAGGACAGAAAUACAGUAGAGACUGUGUUGAAACAGAGGGUGAACUGAAGGUAUGGGAUGCAUUCACUGUGAUAAAAAGAACUGAGGAGAGACAGCGAGCGAGAAGCAGUACACACAGACAGAGAGUCCCGCUGGAUUCAAGCCACCGGCCUUCCACUGUCCCACUGGAUAAUCAGACGGGACGCCGAGCACUAAGCACACCAGAAACUCCUAUGUGCAAGAUUAUCUGGAGAAGAAAAGAUGAACAACCUCAACAUUUUAAUGAAGAGGAUAGUCCAAAUCUAACCCCAUUACUACAUCUCUACCUGCCUUCAUCAUAUCAGCCGCAGGAGCAGGGAGAAUAUACAGCACCGGGACAGGAAAAAAGCUCAGAGGUACAUGAGAAGCAAGACGUCACAGAGGAACUCAGAGAGCGUGACAUCACCAUGGAGAGCCAAAAACAAGACAGUAAAACAGAAGAUGAAGGACAGAAUGAUUUCACAGAUGGCACACGAUAUGAUAUUACAGAUACCUGGCAGAAUGACAUACAGAAAGAUACUCCUGAGGAAACUUUUGAGGCUGACACAACUGAGGAAAACCGUCCACAAGACAUCACAGAUGACAACAGACAACACGAAAUCUUGGAAAAUCAAUGUGAUAUUGACAAAUCUUUAAAUAUCAUAGAAAACAAACAAGCAUAUGACAUUACAGAGAAGACUGAAGGAACAAAUGGCAUAUAUAUGAGAACCAGAUCAAACAGAAGUUCACACAAAGCAUCUGAUGCCAGACUCAUAGUCAAAACACGUUAUCUGGCCGCAGCUACAGCGCUAACGUUCCCGUCUACCACGACCCACAGAAAUCCCUCUCCCACUCUUAGCGUCCUGCCAUCGUUUUAUGGAACUUCAUUUGGCUAUCGCAUCAGAACAACGUCUGAGCCCUGCCGAUCCAAAACAAGGACCAGAAAAGACUGUGAUGAUGACAACAGAUUUACACAGCCCAUGAAUGACUUGCGACAUUCCAUAGAAAUAAAAGGAAACCCCUGCUUACUACAAACAAGGGCUGGAGCGCCAGUCAGCCCCCACCCCAAAAUAAUGAGCAGUGAGAGGGGGUCCCAGCCUCGUAAAAUGAAAACCACCAACAUGUUUUUGUGGGGACCAGAGGGGCCCCGAGAGACUAAGACAGUGUGUGAGCUAUACAGUCCUGUGAACAGGUGGAGAAGCCAGGAUCAGGUCUGAGAGUGGCCUUUCAUUCCUUUCUAAUACAGAAAAGCUGCUUUGCAAAAAUAUGUUUGAUUGAAUCAAAGCAGUACAGACUGAUACAUUAGACCACUUUGGGUUUAACAGCUCAAACUGUGCUUUAGCACUGGCUGCACUGUUCAGUUUAGUCCAGCAAGAAAGUGUGAUAGACUUUUUAGGUUUUCUGACACCCAUCUGGUGUUCCUCAGUGAAUGGCAAGUAAGGGGUAUCGACAUGGAAUAUUAUGAUUAAUUAAAAA